AAAGCUUAACGUGAAGUAUAUUUCAGAUGAACUUCUGGUAGAAAAUGUCUAGUAUUGAAGAGAAACUGAGAAGAUAUGAGAAAAUAGAUUUCCUAGGGGAAGGACAGUUUGCUACUGUUUACAAAGCUAGGGAUAAGGAGAACGAUGGCAGGAUAGUUGCGGUAAAAAAGAUUAAAUUAGGAUCAAGAGCUGAGGCUAAAGAUGGAAUCAACAGAACUGCUCUUAGAGAAAUCAAAUUACUGCAAGAAGUUCAUCACAAAAACAUAAUUGAGCUGGUGGACGUCUUCGGACACAAGUCCAAUGUGUCCAUUGUCAUGGACUUUAUGGACACUGAUCUGGAAGUUAUAAUUAAGGACACGAAUAUAAUAUUAUCUGCGGCCAACAUCAAGUCCUACAUACUCCAAACUCUUCAAGGUCUUGAAUAUCUUCAUGCUAACUGGAUCCUGCACCGUGAUCUGAAACCAAACAAUCUCCUGGUGGAUUGCAAGGGUUGUCUUAAACUCGGAGAUUUCGGUCUCGCCAAGUAUUUUGGAUCUCCAAACCGACAGUAUACUCACGUUGUUGUAACCCGGUGGUACAGAGCUCCUGAAUUACUCUUUGGAGCUAAAAACUACGGAACCGGUGUUGAUAUCUGGGCUGUUGGUUGUAUACUGGCAGAGUUACUUCUCCGUAUACCAUUCCUAGCUGGAGAAACUGAUCUAGAUCAAUUAGCGAAAAUAUUCCAGGCCCUGGGAACCCCUACGGAGGAGAGUUGGCCUGGACUAAAGGCUCUACCUGACUUUAUCCAGUUCAAACAUCAUCCUGGUACCCCGCUCCAGGAUAUAUUCACAGCAGCAGGAGAUGAUCUUCUUCAGCUCAUGGGACAGCUUCUAGCUCUCUGCCCUCUCAAGAGGUGUGAUAGUAGUGCUGCCCUGAGAACACCCUACUUCUCUAAUAAACCAGCUCCGUCUAGCGGAGAAUCUCUCCCUCUACCCUCAACUAUUGCAAAGAGAGAACAGGAGCGUCCCAACAAACGGAAAAUGAUUGAUACAGAGUUUAAUCCAACAAUCAAGAAACUAGUUUUCACCUAGCUCAUUUAAACUAGAUAUAAAAACUCAAUUUAUUUGUACCUAGAUUUUUUAUCUGUGAUAGCUCCUCAAUCCUUAAUCCUUUUAUUCUACUUUUCAGA